AUGGCUUCGGUCGACCAGAAAGUCGCUUUGAUUGUAAUUGAUGGCUGGGGUAUUGCAGGCCCCGACUCCCCACCUGAGGGAGAUGCCAUCGCCGCGGCCGAGACCCCGUACAUGUCCGGCUUCGCCGACCCCAACUCUAAGACCGCCCAGGGUUUCGCUGAAUUGGAUGCAUCCUCUCUCGCCGUCGGUCUGCCCGAGGGCUUGAUGGGCAACAGUGAGGUCGGCCACCUGAACAUUGGUGCUGGACGUGUCGUUUGGCAGGACAGUGUUCGCAUUGACCAGACCCUCAAGAAGGGUGAGAUGGGCAAGGUCCCCAACAUCCUCAAGUCCUUCACCCGCGCUAAGGAGGGCAAUGGUCGCCUGCACCUUUGCGGCUUGGUUUCGGAUGGUGGUGUUCACUCUAACAUGACUCACCUAUUCGCCUUGCUCCAGGUCGCCAAGGAUAUGGAGAUCCCCCAAGUCUUCAUUCACUUCUUCGCCGAUGGACGUGACACUGACCCUAAGAGCGCGGUCACCUACAUGGAGCAGACCCUACAAAAGACCAAGGAAAUCGGCAUUGGCGCAAUUGCCACCGUUGUCGGCCGCUACUACAUCAUGGACCGCGAUAAGCGUUGGGAGCGUGUUGAAAUUGGCCUCAAGGGUCUGGUCACUGGCGAGGGUGAAGAAAGCUCGGAUCCUCUGCAGACCAUCAAGGAGCGCUACGAGAAGAAUGAGAAUGACGAGUUCCUGAAGCCUAUCAUUGUUGGCGGCAAGGAGCGUCGCGUCCAGGAUAAUGAUACCGUCUUCUUCUUCAACUACCGCUCGGAUCGUGUCCGUGAGAUCACUCAGCUGCUGGGCGACUAUGACCGCUCCCCGCGUCCCGACUUCCCCUACCCCAAGAACAUCGCUCUCACCACUAUGACCCAAUACAAGACUGACUACACCUUUGAUGUUGCUUUCCCUCCCCAGCACAUGGGCAAUGUGCUUGCCGAAUGGCUCGCCAAGAAGAACCUGCACCAGUGCCACAUUGCGGAGACUGAGAAGUAUGCUCACGUCACUUUCUUCUUCAACGGUGGUAUCGAGAAAGACUUCCCCAACGAAGUGCGCGACAUGAUUCCCUCGCCCCGCGUGGCUACAUACGACCUGGACCCGAAGAUGAGUGCCGCUGCCGUCGGUUCCAAGAUGGCCGAGCGCCUUGGCGAGGGCAAGUUUGACUUUGGUGUUGCUGCCACUGACAAGGCCAUCGGCGAGAUCUACGAGGCUUGCAAGAAGAACAAUUACGUCUUGUUCGUCACUGCUGAUCACGGAAACGCCGAGGAGAUGCUCACCGAGAAGGGCACCCCUAAGACCUCCCACACCCUUAACAAGGUUCCCUUUAUUAUGGCCAACGCCCCUGCAAACUGGAGCCUCAAGAAGGAUGGUGUCCUGGGUGACGUUGCGCCUACCGUUCUGGCUGCGAUGGGCGUCGAGCAGCCUGAAGAGAUGACUGGCACCAACCUGCUGGUCAAGUCUUAA